AUGAGAGAUGUGCACCUCCUUUUUGGCCAAUCAACACCCUUCUUACACAUGCAAAUGCAUGAAGGCUUAUUGGACCAAAAUGGUCUUAGAAAGACCACCCAAUCAAAACCCAUCUUACACAUGCAAAUGCAUACUCCAACAAAUUCUGCAUUUUGUGAUGAUAAAAAUGUGUGUGAAUCUCCUGUAUUUGUGCCAGAAUUGAAAAAGAAUAGCUUUGGAAAAUUCCUCACCGAGGAAAUUCCAGAAUUUAUUCCAUCUCGAACAGGUGUGACAGAUUCAGAAAAGAAAGCUGCUGAAGAUCACAGCAAAGAAGACUCAAGCCUUACUGCCUCAGAAAAGCAAAAAGAGACUUCAAUUCCUGAUGAAGAGCAAAAAUCAGAAACUUCAAGUGAAGAUCAAACAACAGAAGGUGAGUGCUUCGAAGAUUCAAGUGACGAAACAAUUGAAGAUCAAGAUUCAGAAAGUUCAAGUGAGGAUCAAAGCUGCAGUGAUUCAAGCUACGAAGCAAGUGAAGAGCUAAACUCUAGUGAAUAUCAAACAUCAGAAAGCUCAACAGAUUCCGACAACGAUGAAGAAUGUUCAGAAGAUGAAAGUCGACUUGAUUAUCUUAAGAAAUCUGUUAAAAAUCUCGUUAAUUCAACAGCUUAUUUUUGA